AUGUCUGACGAAAACUUUGAUUUCAUCUUUAGCCAAUGUUUUGGUGAUAAAGCAGAUAUUGUGGUAACUGAAGCUGAUAUAAUCACUUCAGUCGAAUAUGACCAUACUGGUGAUUAUCUAGCCACCGGUGACAAAGGUGGCCGUGUUGUAUUAUUCGAAAGAAACCAUCAAAGUAAAAAUUGUGAAUAUAAAUUCUUGACUGAAUUCCAAUCUCAUGAUGCAGAGUUCGAUUAUUUGAAAUCUCUAGAAAUUGAAGAAAAAAUCAAUCAGAUUAAAUGGUUAAAACCAACCCAAAAAUCCCAUUUUUUAUUAACCACAAAUGAUAAAACAAUAAAAUUAUGGAAAAUUUAUGAAAAAAAUAUUAAAUUAGUAAGUGAAAAUAAUUUAUCCGAAGAUUUGUCAUCGUCAUCAUCAUCAUUUAAUAAUAAUAAUCAUAAUCAUAAUAAUAAUAAUAGUCAUUUAAACAAUUCUGCAUCAUUAGCAUCUUCAUCAUCUGCAUUAAAUUCCAAAAAUUCGAAUAAUCAAAAUUCUAGUUCAAAUAUUAAUAUUGGUCCUGCAAAAGCAGUAUUAUCUUUACAAACUUUAAAAUUACCAAAAUUAUCCGACCACGAUAAAAUUAUUACCGCUGCACCAAAAAGAAUUUAUAGCAAUGCUCAUACCUAUCACAUCCAUUCAAUUUCUGUAAAUUCUGAUCAAGAAACUUUCUUAAGUGCAGAUGAUUUAAGGGUCAACCUUUGGAAUUUAGAUAUACCUGAUCAAAGUUUUAAUAUCGUAGAUAUUAAACCAACUAACAUGGAAGAAUUAACUGAAGUUAUCACAAGUGCAGAUUUCCACCCUCAACACUGCAAUUUGUUCAUCUAUUCGUCUUCUAAAGGUACUAUCAGAUUAUGUGAUAUGAGACAAAAUGCAAUUUGCGAUUAUCAAACAAAGGUAUUCGAAGAAUACAUAGAUCCAAAUAGUCACAAUUUCUUCACAGAAAUCACUUCAUCCAUCUCCGACGUAAAAUUCAGUCCAAACGGUAGAUACAUUGCAUCAAGAGAUUAUCUAACCGUAAAGAUUUGGGAUGUUAAUAUGGAUAAUAAACCAUUGAAAACGAUAAAUAUUCAUGAACAAUUGAAAGAAAGAUUAAGUGAUACUUAUGAAAAUGAUGCAAUCUUUGAUAAAUUCGAAGUCGAAUUUAGUGGUGAUAGUUCAAGUAUUAUGACAGGUUCAUAUAAUAAUAAUUUUAUGAUUUAUCCAAAUGUUAUUAACUCUAAUGAAAAUGAUCAAACAAGUAUUGUUAAAACAUUUAACGAAAAUGAUGUAGGAAGUAAUAGCCGAAAUUUAUCUGGAAAGAAGAAGACAAAUAGAAAUAGUACUCGUAGUAAUGAUAGUGAUAUUGUUAUGGAAAAUGAAGAUGGUAUUGGUGAAAUUGUUUUACAAGCAGAUAAAUCAACUUUUAAAAAUAAACGAAUUGGUUCUACAGCUCAAAGAUCUGCAAGAAUCAAAGAUUGGGGUGACGAUAUUGAUUUUAAAAAGAGCAUUUUACACUUCUCUUGGCAUCCAAGAGAAAAUAGUAUAGCACUUGCUGCUACAAAUAAUUUAUUCAUUUUUUCUGCAUCUAAGAAAUAA